GCAGGUGUGUUGAAAUUCAGUGCGUUAACCGACUUCGUCAGAAGCGGUCGCGCGCGGCAAUACGAAUGCGCGCGUCAAUUGUUCCGAUUAAUCGAUCUUUCGCCGAUUAAUCGAUCUGUGACGAUGUUCAUGCAGUACGAUUCCUUGCCAGCCAAGCUGGACGAGGAGUUCUCCCUGCCCGUGGAGUCGAUUAUGAGGUGUGAGGACUUCAAAAGCAACUUUGCCAGGAGGCUGUCAAAUCGCUACAUCAGGACCCCAGCGGUGAACAAGGAUAGUUCCUUGAAAUUGAGACUCCAGGAUCCCAAGACCACUUCUCCAGAUAAUGCUCCAGAAAGAAUUGAGCCGUGUUCUCAACUUUCCAAAAGAAGCGUUAUGGAGCAAAACGGCGAGGCUGUGAAGCCCCCGGAUAAGAAGAUGAACACCGACAUCCAGCGGACAGAGGUGACUGCCCUGAACAUGGAGGUGGAGACGCUGAGGUGGCAGUUGGCUCAGACUGAAGCGAAUCGACAGAUGCACAUAGCCUUACUUAAGCAGAUAGUUACUUUCCUAAACAGAGUGAAAGACCAUAUUGAGUGCCAGAAAAGCGACAGUCCAAUGAGUGAGGUCCAUCACAACCUCACUCCUCACGCAUUCAACAUUGCUGACUUACCUCGAUCGAAGUCUGUGUUUCAUGUCGACAAGACCCGUGACUAUAAUACUCCUGUCAAGAAGAUAGAUACAAAGAAAAUUAGCAAGUCUAUCAGCAACGUCAAUGGGUUUAAAGACUGCCAAGGUUUAUGGAGCCAAUCGAAGUUAUCGCUCACGUCUGAAACAGAGUCUUCGCAAAAGAUAUCGCAGGAGAUGUCGCGACUGAUAACCCUUGCCAACACCGUCCUAAGCACCAAACUGCCGGAUCUCGCCUGUAAUUGUAAUAAUGAUGUGUCAAGCAACUUGAAUAGUUUGACAUCUAUAGAAAAAGAUAUAUCACUCAAGCCGUCCAACACAUCGCUAAAUCUCAUCGAGGAGGACACGACGAAUGCUUUCAUUCUAAACACGAUGUGCGAUAGUGAAGACUCAUUCGAUUGCAUAAGCAAUAAGUUUUUAGAAGCAAAGGACAUCGAAGCCCCUCUUGCGUACAAUUUGGACAAUGACAUCACGAUUCUCAAGCUGAAUGAAAAAGAACGACACGGUUCUUACGCUAUGAAAAAUGUGCCGGAAUCGCCAAUGAAAGCACCAAAUUUUGACGGAAAGAAUGAAUUCCAUCACGCGUCCAAUUUCAUUGAAGACGAAAGUGGGUUUUCGUCUAUGAGUUCGUUUCAAGAAAUUGGAAUACCGAUUAUAAGCAUCAUACCACCGUCGCCGUGUAAAGAAGUCGGAUAUAUUGACGAGUUCUCUGACUUUAUAGACUCGGAGAAAUGGAAGACUGAUUCAUUGGAGCUCGACAAACAAACGGUGAAAGUGUUUUGGGUUUGAUAAAACGUACAAAAUCAGUUCAAAGUAUUGCACAAUAUCUAACCGAGAAGUCUUAUUUAUUAGGCCGUUUCACGAAAUUAAGUAGUUUUAGUUAUUUUGUCAGAUUUAUAACUUAUUUAAUUGCAUUAUAAUAAGAUUACUAACGCUGUAAUAAUCUUAUCGUGUUUUUAAUGAUUCAUAAAUAAAACGUAAAAUCACACUGG